AGAUAGAAUAGAUGGAUGAUACUUUUGUUGUAUGCAAAAUGAACAAGAAGACUCUAUGCCUCCUCUUCCUUUCCCUCAUGUUUGCAAGUACUUGUGUUAUCGGUGCAAGAAUCUAUCCAGAUGGUAAAUAUAUUUACGACACAAAGAGCAAAGAACGUCACUCCUCCGAGGCAACACGAAUGCAUAUUGAUCAUUUCAAGAUUCGUGAGAAAAAAUCGUUUCUAAAAGACUUUGAGCCAAGGCCUAGUGGUUCUGCUUACAGUGAUGAUCAAAACCCUGAAAACAAGAUUUCAUUUGUGCAAAAUUCUGAGCAGGAGCCUACUUCGACAGGUUAUGUUGGUAAUAAAAAUCUUACUGCCUAUGUUAGGAAUCUAAAGCCUCAAAACAAAAACUCUUCCACAAAAGAAUUUCAAUCAAAGCAAAGUGAUACAACAUAUAUGAAAGAUCUCAAGUCAGGAGAAGAUAAGAAAUCAUUUCAAGAAGAUUUUGAGCCAAGGCCAAAUCUUUCUGUCUAUGAUGGGUGAAAUGGAAAUGUAUUAUUACAAUUUGUGUGUAUUUUCAUUUAGUAUUAUUGAUUUGCCUGAAAACAUAUAUAUAUAUAUAUAUAUAUGUGUGUGAGAAUAGUAAGGAUGUUGAAUGUAGAUAAUUAGCAUCAUGUUGAUUAGCUCAUUCAACACGUGAAAAUACAUUAGACAAUAUAUAAAAAUAAAUCGGACAACACAUGUUCGUAUAAAUCGUUAGCAUGCGUUGUUUGUUUUAGUUUAUACGUAUGCUAUGUUAAUGUGUAUUGUAUGUUGAGAUUGGUUGUAAUUUGUACUUUGUGGACUAUUUAUGUGCUAUAUUAAUUUUUAUAUUUCAUAUG